AUGGGAAUUCGGGGCACUAGCGCAAACCAGGAUGGACGCUACUUUGCGCAAGAGAAGAAGCUGUUGGCCAAAAUGUCAUUUCCUGAGUGUUUUGAGCAGCACGUGGACAUGCGCAAGGUACAGCGUGAGGUUAUCAAUCAAUGGAUCACUGAGCGGAUCACCCAUUUGCUAGGUUUUGAGGACGAUAUUGUGGUAUCUAUGGCCAUUAAUCUUCUAGAACCGAAAGUCGACGUAAAGUUGGAUCCAAAGCAGUUGCAAAUGACUCUAACCGGCUUUUUAGAAAAGCAAGCGGGUCCUUUUACGGAGGAAUUGUGGCAACUAUUGCUUAGUGCCCAGGGCAACCCUACGGGAAUUCCCACUAUCAUCUUGGACAAGAAAAAGAUGGAACUGCAGAGUAUUGCAAAGGAGAAAGAUAAUCUUAAAAAGGUGCUUGACGCGAAACGAAAAGGACACGAGAAUGAGAGUAGAGGACCAAAAGAGGACACGACGGAUCGACCAAGUUUGCGGGAUCGUGGGAGGAGACGAUCCAGGAGCUUCCAACGACGUCCACGAAAUCCUCCAAAAGUUAUUCACAGUCCAAGUCGAUCAAUGAGUGAAGAAAUCCAACCGAAAAGUUUGCAGAACUCACACAGACGUCGAUGCUCACCAAGUCCACUCAAACGCUCUUCAAGUCCACGUAAAUACUCGCUUGGUCUUCGCAGACGUUCUCCUAGUUCACGUAGACGGUCGUCUAAGUAUCAUCGACGUUCUUCGAGACAACCUAGACGCUCUUUGAGUCCUCGACGACGCUCGCCUAGGUCCAGCAAACGCUCACGUUACUCUUCUCGUGAGCAUUCGAGACGUCAAAUUUCUCGUUCUCCUUCGGUAAAGCGGCGUGACAGAUAUCGAGUGCACAAUCGACGGUCUGAGCGAAGACAAAGAAGCUCAAGAAGGGAGAUCCGAAGUCGCCGCACUUGGCAUUCGCCAUCCCUUUCUUCGUCCGUAUCACGCCAUCGUUCGCCGUCUACUUCACGCUCGCCGUCGCUGCAACGCCGAUCCAGCAGAAGAAGUCGAAAGGAAUCGACUGAUAGUGGAUCAGAUAGCGAAUAG